AUGAAGAUCGCUCUGCUGAUUCUGUGUCUUCAUCACAUGUCCUCCUCCUCCUCCUCCUCUUCUUCUGCUCAGGAGUGUCCGUCCACCCACGACCUGCUGACCUCGCUGAAGCAGGUGGAGAAGAUGUUGGCGGUCCACGAGGCGUCGUACCAGCAGGGCCUGCGCUCCCUCAGGAAGAAGAUGAGCGCUCUGCACAACAGCACCAUGGCCAUCUUCAAGACCGGCGCUUCCUGCUCCAAACCAGAACCCCCAGCUCACGGACGCAGACUGGGCCGGGUGUUUGGCAUCGGACACGAGGUCCACUUCAUGUGCAAGCCCGACUUUGAGCUGAUUGGACCGCGCACACGGGUGUGUUUGGAGUCUCUGAGGUGGAGCGGACAGCAGCCGAUGUGCAGACGAUUCAACAGCACAGGAAACUCCCUGGCCUCCUUCUCUCCUGCUGCUCCUUCCUCCUCCCUCCCUGUCUCUUUACCUCUGUCAGCCUCCUCCUCCUCCUCCUCCUCCUCCACCUCCACCUCCUCCUCCUCCUCCUCCACCUCUUCGGGAUCUUCACCUUCUGCGUCUUCCUCUUCAUCCCCCACUUCUUCCUCUCCGCCCUCCUCCGUCCGUCCGUCUCACUGCACUCACUUCCUGGGCUCCACCCGCUGCACCUGUGACGUGGGUUUCACCAUAUCAGGACGCGACAACAACAUCUGCACAGACAUCGACGAGUGUCGUCUGUUUCCUCUCGCUCAGCCCGGCCGGCUCUGCGUCCAUCAGUGUGUGAACACUCCCGGCAGCUUCCACUGCUUCUGUCCAACCGGCUACGACCUCUCCAGAGACGGGCGCAGCUGCACAGACAUCGACGAGUGUGAGAACCGGAUGAACAACUGCACAGCGGAGCAGGCGUGUGUGAACACCUACGGAGGGUUCCAGUGUGCGACGGUGGAGUGUCCUCACAUGAACAACGCCACGUACAUCAAGACGUCUCCAAUGCGCUGUGAGAGGAACCCGUGCAUGCUGGGAGACAAAUCGUGCUCUCAGGCGCCAAACUCCAUCUCCUUCCACUUCCUGUCCGUGGUGUCCAACAUGACCGCCCCACGCGUCCUCUUCCGGGUGUCAGCAGCUCGCGUCCUUGGCGACACACUGCGUUUCGGCCUGGCGGGCGGUCGUGGGCGGGGCCACUUCAGCAUGCAGCGCUCCGGCCGACAGACGGGCACCCUCCUCCUGGUGACGCCCAUCAAGGGCCCCGCCACGCUGGAGGCCGAGGUGGAGAUGAGCGAGCUGGAGCACAACAACCUGCUGGGCCGCUACCUCACCAAGGUCACCCUGUUCGUUUCUCCCCACGAGUUCUAG